UUAAUUAAAGAGACGAAGAAGACCAAAAAAAAAUGCGCGACCGUGGGACGUAAACAACAUCCAAGGAGGAUUUUUCAGACAUGUCGAUCGUGUUUGUCCCAAAGAAGCUACGCGGGAAGGCAAAAGUCAACCAGGAAACGAUACAGAGGCUUCUAGAUGAAAACGAUCAGCUGGUCAGAUGCAUCACAGAGUACAUGCAGAAAGGACGCGCCGUGGAGUGUGUGCAGUACCAACAGAUUCUGCACCGCAACAUCGUCUAUCUGGCGACCAUAGCCGACGCCAGCCCUGAUGACGCACCGCCCAUCACCAACUGUUCAUCCAGCAACGCCUCGGCGCCGGCUCUGAACGGACACGAGGGGACGCGGUGACUGUGGGGGGAGAGUUUUAACAUUGGAGGAUUUUUUUUUUUAUGACGAUAUAAAAUCACUUUAUCCAUUCCAGCUGCACGGUUGCAUUAAACCGAUGCCGUAUGCAUGAAUUGUACUUGGUCAUUUCAGUGGAAUGUACAAUAAAACUAAGUUUUCAGA